CUCCUCCCUCCUCCUCCCCACGCCAUCUCCGUUCGCCCAACUCGUCCUUCUCCCUCCCUCCCUGCUGCUUGCUCAUUCCCACCACAAGCAAGACAGACGGACAUUCUGGUUGUCUGCCACCGACGCUUCUCGAUCGACUUCCCGGCCGCCCACCGCCCACCGCCCCCGGCUGCAGAACGAGAACCCCAUUGUCUGGGACAGCUUGGGUCCACGACUUGCAUCAAGGCUACCGGCUACCUGUUACCACGCCCAUUGUCUUGGUCACUCGCACAGGAUCCAACAACUGCCGUCUUGAAAUAGCACUUUAAGCGGGUCCUGGCCACACGCUACGGGAAAAGAACAGGAGACAGACACAAGCCUCAAACCUCUUGACGAGUCGCCGUCGCGAACACAGGCAUAGACAAAAAAGUUAGCCUCGACACGGUGGGGGACUUUCUUGACUGAAUUGACGCGCAACGAACCAUCAGCUUCUUUUGCGCCACGCGAUGAGUGCAGAUGGCUACCGCAACUGAAAGCGCACCGAGAAACCACCUGGCCGACAAGCCAGAGAACUCAAUGGGUGGAAGAAACCUAUCGAUCAUCACACCAACCAUCCAAAUGUCGGCUCCCCCGGGCGACCCAAUGGAUAUCACCUCCAGCAAUAGCAACAGCAGCAGCAACAGUAACAGCAGUAGCAUCAACAACAACAACGCUACCAUGGCAGCUCCAAGUAAUUCGGAUUCCCUACCGCCGCCCAAGAGCCCGGUCGAGGAUACAUUAAACGCCCAGGCAGCCCCCAAUGGCCGACCGCAACUGUCAUCCGCAAACGAUCAAUUGUCUCCCGAUAACAUCAUCAUGCCAGCACCGGCUGCCGCUGCCCCCGCGGUUCACCAGCCCAAGAUUGUUCAGACGGCCUUCAUCCAUAAGCUAUAUAACAUGUUGGAGGAUAAGUCGAUACAGCAUCUGAUAUCGUGGUCACCCACCUCUGAGAGCUUCGUCAUGCAGCCGUCGCAAGAGUUCUCCAAGGUCUUGGCUCAAUACUUUAAACAUACCAACAUUUCCUCUUUCGUUCGCCAGCUCAACAUGUACGGAUUUCACAAAGUGAGCGAUGUCUUCCACCAUGGAGCUCCAGACGCUACCAUUUGGGAGUUCAAGCAUGGCAACGGCAACUUUAAACGCGGAGACCUGGUUAGCUUGCGGGAGAUUAAGCGUCGAGCUUCUCGGCAUUCUCUGGUACAUAGAGAGUACAGCAACAACCAGAAGGCUCCGCCAUCACAACCAGGUACCCCGGCCGAGCCUAUGCCUCCCAUGCAGGAAGUUCAAGGAGGAGAUCCUCGGCUGAACAAUAUCGAGCAUACUCUAUAUGAUCUCAGCACUCGACUUCAGCGGCAUGAAGAGAACGCCCAGUUCAUGCAUAUCAAGCAUCAGGCCAUUCUGGACACGGUAUCGCGUUUGCUUCAGUUCAACCAUGACCUUUCCCGGGCCGUUCUUGCUCUUGCCCCUUCUCCUGACAACCCGAUACACCACGACGUAUCGUCUUUGCAAGGGCAGGUUCAGCGCCAGAUGGAGGAGUUCCGCUCGCUAGAUGAACCUCACGGGUCGGUCUUCGCUAGUACCCGUCCUUACUUUUCCAAUGUGGAGAAUGCCCCCGUAUCACCGCGGCAGAUGCCCCAAGACGACCCGCGAAGAUCUGGCUCUACUUUGACGGUUCCCGGUCAACCACCUCGGCUUCCAACCUACAACAAUUAUCGUCCUGCCGUCCCUUCUAAUCUGUCAAUAAGUACUCCGGGUCGUAGGCCGUUUGGCUCUACUAGCGGCAACUCGACAGGGACAUCGCCAUCUUCCCUCCGCCCGCACCCGCCGCCUCCACCUUCGCAUCCGCUGUCGAGCGUUGACCUGCACCCGGGCUUGCCUAGGAGACAUACCUCUGCUGACAUCCGUGCUGCCGGCUGGCAAGGCAAUCCUCCUCCUCCUAACCCUCCUCCAACCUUCUCUGGCCCACCAUCCUCGCAAUGGCCUUCGUCGCCAAAUCGUCCUGGGUUGUCCGAAGACCAACGUAUUCGCGAUUCGUUUUCACAAUACUCUCUACAGUCUGCUUCGCAUCCUCGUUCCAGGCCAGCGUCGCCGCCGCCCCCUCCGACCUUCUCUACUAACGGUGGAGGGGACACUUUUGGGAAUUGGUCUUGGAACUCGGCUGGCCGUGAUAACAAGAAUCUUUCGGUGAGGGAUCACUCGGCACCGCCCACGAGGAGAGGAAGCAUGGCCCAUAUCCUGAACCCAACCGAUACUGCGGAAAGAGACGACGAGGACGAGGAUCCCCGAGGCGAUGAAGACCGCAAACGAAAACGUCUUAUUUGAGGUUGCCAAAACGCAUCUUGAGACGUUAUGUUGUGCAUAUUAUCCUUUUUAUCAUCAUGUUGAAACGACCUUCUCAAACAUCGACUGCAUGUGCAACACCAUCCGAACCAAAUGCAGAGGAUUCAACCGCGAGAUUUCAGGGUAUAAGUUUUUGUCAGCAUCUUGAAAUUGGAAAUUUUUCAAGGAAGUAAAAAGCAUCAGAGACGUCGAACACAGCGUCUAAUAAACCACCACAACCAACCACCGUUACCCUCCUCCUCCUCCUCCUUGUCAUUAAUCAAAGUAUUUUCCACUAUACCAAAACACAUUCGGACUGAUCGUACCGCCAUCAUUUUUCUUUUUUCUUGUUUCCUUUGCUAGAUCAUCUGUUCCUUUUACUUGCGGUGGAUCCAGGAGAUGCCGUUGGAUAGUUAUUGGAUACCUACACUACUAAACCGACCUAAUACUUGCGUGGCAACUCUGAAAUUCAUGGCUGUCUCCUCCAAACUCUUUUUUUUUCCCUUUUCAUCUAUAUUCUAUCUUUUCUUGUUGUUCGCUUUGCAUUACUCAUGGGGAGGGAUGGGGAAGCAUGGUAAAAUGGACGGAGGCAGUACGGCUGACGGCGGGUCGGGAAUUUGGCGAGAUAUGGUAUUUCCCGAAAAAAACUGGAGCAGUCAGUGGGAGUGAGAUUGGUAGAAGCUACCUGUUGUUCACCCCACCGACCUUGACAGCGAGGCUCUCCAAACGAGCGGGUGUAGUAAUUUACCAGUAGUAUAGUGCUACAAAUAAUCGAAUCAAGAAUAAAGUACCUAACUAGGGCGGCUGUUAC